AUCUUCUCCAGCGACUUCCUGUCACCUGCGAUGCAUCGUCUUGGAAUGGUAAGGAUGAGGUCAUCGUGUUAUGAAUGAUGGUCCGUGCACAGUGUGCAUACCUAUCCUUAAAUCCGAAUCUCCGACCUUGCCUCCUUCCAAUUCAGCAUUUACACCGACCUCGCACACAAUAUGGACGACGACGACGACUUCGGGGCCGACGCCGACUUUAUACAGGCGCUGGCCGCCGCGUCGCCCGAGGUCACCGUUCCAUCACGAGCCCGACAGUCCACGGCGCAGGCAGUCCAGCAGCCCACUCCUCAGCGCAUCCAACAGCCUACGCCCCAGCGGGUAGAGAGGGGACCAGUCCGGGAAGCCGGGGCCUCCUCAGGCGGCUCGUCCUCGGCAACAGGCCCCGCUGCGGCACCGGGCAAGAUUGUACAGCCAACUCCGCAGGCGCUGCCGACGCGGGGGUCCGGGUCGGCCAUCCUGGUGUCACCACGCCAGAAGAACAACCCGGUCCUGACGUGGAUCAAAUCUAUCCCGUGGGAGUACAGCGAUAUCCCCGCCGACUACGGUCUGGGACUCACGACAUGCGCCCUGUUUCUGAGUCUUAAGUAUCACCGCCUCCACCCUGAGUACAUCUACACGCGCAUCCGGAACCUGCAGGGCAAGUACACGCUCCGGGUCCUGCUCACGAUGGUGGACGUGCCGAGCCACGAGGACGCGCUGCGGGAGCUGUCCAAGACGGCGCUGGUCAACAAUGUGACGCUGGUGCUGUGCUGGUCGGCGCAGGAGGCGGCCCGCUACCUGGAGCUGUACAAAUCGUACGAGCACGCGAACUUCUCGGCCAUCCGCGCCGCCCAGGCCACGGGCUACGCCGAGCGCCUCGUCGAGUUCGUCACGGUGCCCCGCGCCAUCAACAAGGCCGACGCCGUCGCGCUAGUCAGCACCUUUGGCAGCCUCCGCAACGCCGUCAACGCCGACGCGGAGCAGGUCGCGUCCGUCGGCGGGUGGGGCGAGAGGAAGGUCAAGAGCUGGUGCAAGGUCGUCGAGCAGCCCUUCCGCGUUAGGAAGGCUGGCGCCGCCGCCGCCGCCGCCAGGAAGCGCGCGCCGACGGCUACGCCGCUGCGCGAGGCCGUCGGUGCCACGCAGCGCGCGGGCAAGGCGACGGCGGCGCAGACGCAGAUCUGGAACCCAAACAUCGCCGACGAGUAUGACGAAGACGCGGCGCUGCAGGCUGCUCUUGCCGAGUCCAGUGGGAUGGCCGGGGCUGAGCAGGACGUUGGUGUUGGGAGCAGCAGCGGAAUCGGGCAGACAGCGCCAGAGAAGGAACAGCUCAGUGAGGGCAUCGCUGCCGCGUUGGCAAAGCUGCGCGAGAACGGCUAACUCGGGGCUCCUGGUCAGAGAACCUGCUCCUCAGGAGUCUGAUAAUCUGCCAGGAUUGAGCCAAGGCCAAAGUGACCAAAUCGGCCAACCUAGGAAUGUUUAGUAACUGGCUGAUCCACUCUAAAACACCGUGACCAGACCAUGUUGAUCGAUACCCCAAAGUCAAGAUUCACAAAACAAAAACAAAACACCCGAUUCGUUUUCGAGUUUUGAUUCUGCCGUCAUGCCGGAGUGACACUUGUCAAGCCGAGCCGGGAUGGCAAGGUAGAUGGUGUACAACUCUCUAUUUUGAGUUCGAAUUGCUGAGUCUCCCACCGUUCACUGCAACGCUCCGGCAGUGGUGCUCAGGCGCCCCGAAAUGAGCCCACAGGGAUGGCCUGUCUGCGCAACCAGAGUCACGCCACGCCAGAGGAGAUGGGGUAAACACAAGAAUAAGAAAAAAAGAGAAGAGAAACCAAGACCGGCCCGUCAUGUAUUGACUUGGCCUUGUUCCACAACAUCGGAAUCGUCCCUCGUUCUUCGGACGAUCAAAAGACCCGAGGCGGAGAUCAGUGGUUAGGCCGGCCUGGGCAGCAUGCGGGGAAGCCCAACGUGUGUCUGUGCUGCACUGCAUUUUGUAUGACCGAUUUUCUGCUGGGUCUGCAUGGACCGAACAAGGCCACACUUUCGACACUGCUAGGUUGGCUAAUACGGGCAUUGCUAUCAUUUCACAUUCCAUCUGUGUUCUACCUAUACACAUGUUCCCAGGAACUCAUUGAUUGCACACAAUAGGCAACGCCUUUCCCCUGGAACAUGGGUAGUGUUUCCCCCAAUGACUGCAGAAAAGCAACUGUCAUUCCCCCGCCAUCAGAUGACGGCAAACAGUGAGACACGGCAACAUCCAGGUCGUAUCCUGACCCGUGCCAACAGGGGGCUCGCUACAGUCUGCCUUGGUCAGGUGCAGAACGCAUGCAACCCGCGCAAGAGCUACCGGAGGGGAGCGUCCUGAUCAUUGCUUCUUUAGGCAGGUCGCCGCCCCUCCCGCCCAAUCGGAGCCCCUGCUGCCCGGCCCUGCCAGCAGCUUCGCCCCGAGUCACUCCCGAUCGCCGCUACCAG